AUGCGUAGCUUUCUCAAGGGAAAACGUCUUUGGAGGUACGUUAACGGGGAUUUCACUAUUCCUACGAAAGAGAACGAUGAAUCUGAUUCUCAUUUGAAAGAUCGUAUUGAGGAAUGGGAUGUCAAAAAUCAUCAAGCUAUAACAUAUUUUAGAAACUCUGUUGUUUCUAAAAUUAAUUUACAGUUUGGAAACUUUGACACCGCAAAAGAAAUUUGGGAUUUGUUGGAAUCUCGAUACACUACAUCUGAUCUUUCCCAUCAAUAUCAGAUCAUUUGUUCUCUCAGUAAGCAGAAACAGGAGUCCGGUCAACCAGUUGCUGAGUUUCUGUCACAGUUACAAUCACUUUGGGAUCAGUUGGCAUUGUCUGAACCAAAGUGGUUACACACAGAGGAUGGAACACUCUAUCAUGCAUACCGUGACCAACAACGACUCAUCCAGUUUCUAAUGGCUCUGACACAGGAUUUUGAACCUGUUAGAGCUGCUUUGCUUCAUCGUGUACCACUGCCUUCUUUGGAGAGUGCUGUUGCUGAACUCAUCUCGGAAGAAACUCGACUCGACAUCGGGAAAGGUAGUAUUGUGGAAGACAUGGUCCUAGCGACACCUUCACCAUCCACCUCCACAUUUGAUAAACCAUUUUGUAAAUUUUGUCGACAAAAUGGACAUUUUAUCAAGGAGUGUGUAACACUUCGCAAUCAUACCUGCCAAAAUUGUCAUCAAAAGGGUCAUUCGGCACAAUUUUGUAAAAAGCCAUCUUCUGGGUCAAACAAGCUCUCCCAUCCUUCCGUUGAUGUAACCUCGGAUUCUACACCGCCAACUGCAUCAACAAGUGAGCUUGAAUCUUUGCUCAAACAGGUUUUAUCUAAAAUUGAUUCUUCUUCCACCGCAUUCACUGUCACUUCGGGUUCUUCAGACAUGACAUGCUCUUGGGACAAACCGUGA